AUGUCUUUAACAACAUCGCAAAAGUCCCUUCAACGCGAUUGGCCCCCGAUCAUCGAUCUUGCGGCAUUCUAUGGCCAUGAAUUCCCGGCCAAAGAAAUGCUGAUCAGGGAGAUGCGGCGAGCCUGUGAGAGUUAUGGCUUCUUCCAAAUCAUCAAUCAUGGUAUCCCGUCAGAUCUUCAGCAAUCAAUCUUCCAACAGAGUAAAGAUUUAUUUGGCCUCCCAAGUGAGGUUAAAGAGAGAUAUAGCCUAGAUACCAACAAGUCCGACCAGGGUUACGAGCGCCUUCGCUCCCAGAGCUUUGAGAAGCGGACCAGAGGCGAUCUAAAAGAAGGGAUUUAUUUGGGAAAGAACUUACCACUGGAUGACCCGUAUGUGGUACAAGGGAAGUUUGGACAGGGAGCCAACAGUAUUUAUGUCGCCUUGUCCUCUUUAGUAGAGGGCAUCCUGCAGAUACUGGUACGCACGUUGGAUUUAGAUGAGCAUACGUUUGACGAAUUUUGCGAGCAUCCAAUCGCAAUUCUACGACUUCUUCAUUACCCAACCCAGGGCCCGGAUGCAUCCGAAUUGGAAAGAGGAAUCGGUGCGCAUACGGACUUCGGCGCUGUUACUAUUCUCCUCCAGGACGAGACUGGUGGCCUACAGGUGUGGAACAACAUGUCAUCGGAAUGGGUAGACCGGACGAACGACCGAUAUUUCUCGACUCUACGUCGCCGCUACAGAACUCCGUUCUUCUUUUGCGGUAACCCCGAUUAUUCGAUCAGUUGUCUUCUCAGCUUCCAAGGCCCAAAUCAAGGUGCCAAAUACCCUCCUGUGACGGUUGGCGAAUGGAUGACUGGAAGAUAUGCGGACACAUAUGGCAACAUCGAGGGAUAG